UUAGCAACCCUCCCGCAUCGUUGGGCCCCGGCAGUAGCCAAUGAGACAGGAGCCACGAGAACACGGACCAAUCGGCGGCGGCGACAGUGUGGAACGCGGUUGCCAGGAGGCGGGACGCGGCGGCGUGCCAGCCUAGCCACUCUAGCGACGGCGGGGAAGAGUGUGUACGUGGUGGGGGCUUCCUCGGUGGCGGGCAUGGAGGCUUCGCGCUGCCGGCUCGGUCCCAGCGGCGACAGUGUCUUCCAUGAAGAAAUGAUGAAGAUGCGACAGGCUAAGCUGGAUUAUCAGAGGAUACUACUUGAGAAGAGGCAAAGGAAAAAGCGCCUUGAGCCAUUUAUGGUACAGCCCAAUCCAGAAGCCAGGCUACGUCGGGCAAAGCCAAGGGCCAGUGAUGAGCAGACUCCCUUGGUGAACUGUCAUACUCCCCACAGCAAUGUCAUCUUACAUGGUAUUGAUGGUCCAGCUGCUGUUCUGAAACCAGACGAAGUUCAUGCUCCAUCAGUAAGCUCCCCUGUUUUGGAAGAAGAUGCUGAAAACACCGUGGAUACUGCUUCCAAGCCAGGACUUCAGGAGCGUCUCCGAAAGCAUGAUAUCUCUGAAAGUGUGAACUUCGAUGAGGAGACUGACGGAAGAUCCCAGUCAGCAUGUUUAGAAAGACCCAAUUCUGCAUCCAGCCAGAAUUCAACCGAUACAGGCACUUCCGGUUCUGCUACUGCAGCCCAACCAGCUGAUAACCUCCUGGGAGACAUAGACGACCUGGAGGACUUUGUGUAUAGUCCUGCCCCUCAAGGUGUCACAGUAAGAUGUCGGAUAAUCCGGGAUAAAAAGGGAAUGGAUCGGGGCCUCUUCCCCACCUACUAUAUGUACUUGGAAAAAGAAGAAAAUCAGAAGAUAUUUCUUCUUGCAGCUAGAAAGCGGAAAAAGAGCAAAACAGCCAACUACCUUAUCUCCAUUGAUCCAGUUGAUUUAUCUCGUGAAGGAGAAAGUUAUGUCGGCAAGCUUAGAUCCAACCUCAUGGGGACCAAGUUUACAGUUUAUGACCGUGGCAUCUGCCCCAUGAAGGGCCGGGGUUUGGUAGGAGCAGCCUACACCCGGCAGGAGCUGGCUGCCAUCUCCUAUGAAACGAACGUACUUGGAUUUAAAGGUCCUAGGAAAAUGUCCGUGAUCAUUCCUGGAAUGACACUGAAUCAUAAGCAGAUCCCAUAUCAGCCACGAAACAACCAUGACAGUUUGCUAUCAAGGUGGCAGAACAAAACUAUGGAAAAUCUGAUUGAACUGCACAACAAGGCCCCCGUCUGGAACAGUGACACUCAGUCCUAUGUCCUCAACUUUCGUGGCCGGGUCACUCAGGCGUCUGUGAAGAACUUCCAGAUAGUCCACAAAAAUGACCCUGAUUACAUAGUCAUGCAGUUUGGACGUGUGGCAGAUGACGUGUUCACACUGGACUACAACUACCCACUUUGCGCCGUACAGGCCUUUGGCAUCGGUCUUUCUAGCUUUGACAGUAAGCUGGCAUGUGAAUGAGAGGACAAUCAGGCAGGGAGCCUUUCUCCCCACAGAGCUUUCAGGAGCAGACAGUGGCCUCCCCUUCCCUUCCCUGCCCCAGGACUUGAAGAGCAAUAGUUUGCCCCUUUUGGAACGACUCCUGAAUAUAUAAAACACACAACGAAGAGCAAUAGUUUGCCCCUUUUGGAACAACCCCUGAAUAUAUAAAACACACACACGAAAAGGAAUAGUUUGCCCCUUUUGGAACGAUCCCUGAAUAUAUAAAACACACAACGAAGAGCAAUAGUUUGCCCCUUUUGGAACGACCCCUGAAUAUAUAAAACACACAACGAAGAGCAAUAGUUUGCCCCUUUUGGAACGACCCCUGAAUAUAUAAAACACACAACGAAGAGCAAUAGUUUGCCCCUUUUGGAACAACCCCUGAAUAUAUAAAACACACACACAAAGAGCAAUAGUUUGCCCCUUUUGGAACGACCCCUGAAUAUAUAAAACACACAACAAAGAGCAAUAGUUUGCCCCUUUUGGAACGACCCCUGAAUACAUAAAACACACACACGAAGAGCAAUAGUUUGCCCCUUUUGGAACGACCCCUGAAUAUAUAAAACACACACACCCCACACACUCUCACUCCUUUUCCAGGUUUCAUAGACUUGGUGAGGGAUCACAGCUUAGCAUGGGUGAGAGAUGAUGUAAAGCACAGGGAGAUUCUUGUCACGCUGGGGUCUCCGAAGCUAGAGUGGGAUUUCCUGUGCUUGGAAACUUGCAGUAGAAUCAGGGACUGACAUCGCAGUUCCUCUCCUCUCUUCAUUCCCUCACAGCAGAUUGGCCAGCACCAAUCUUAGAGUGGCUGCGAUCACAUUUGUGAUCAAUUAUGUGAGAAUUUUAUAUAAUUGUUUUCAUUUCAAUUAAGGCUGAAAGCAUAAACUCUAGAGGUGACUCAGUCAAGACUGACAGUAAUGUGAUAAUUGCCUUCAUUUUCAACCCAGGAGUGCCUCCCACAGCUAUAUCACUACGGAUCCAUUAGUGAGGAGCGACACACACACCUGUAGGCAUCCUGUGCAAACACUUUGUCAUUAUCAAGAGAGAUGGCGGUAUUGACCAUUUAGUUUAGUUAAAAAAAAAAAAAAGCUGGCAGGAGAGGCUUUGGGGAGGAUCAGCCAGCAGACAUGAGCACUGCUGGGCCGUGUGGCAGAGCUGUGGACUUUCUUCUCGGCUCCCUCAAUCCUGUCUCAUAGGCACAGAAGGUGUUUUGCUACGUUUUUUUGAUUAUUACACCCCUCCACGUAUUAUGUGACUCUUACACCAGUUCACCCUUCCCAGAAUGUAUCCACACCUUGAGAAUGCAGGAGCUCUGUGAGCUCCACCGUCAGCACCAUUCAGCUGCAUCCCUCGUGCACAGAACUGUUUGCCAGCGUUGGGUGGGACACCCAUGGCGGCUGCUCCCUCAGACUUCCCUUCUGUGGACUGACCUCUCACCUCUGCCUGUUAUUCCUGCACCACAUCAGAUAAGCAUGCGAAGGAGCGCCAACUGGGAGUUGCGGGACCCUUGGCUUGUCCACCACCGACAAGUCCCACCUGCUGGGUGAGGACGAGACUGUUUCCAUCUCAGGCAUGUUUCCCACCAAGUGCCUCCCUCACAGCCGUGCCCAGAAGCCUCACACCUCGUCACCACCACCACCCCCCACCCCCCACCCCAUCCUGAGGCACUGCCUGGCAGAUCACCCUGGUUGACCACAGAAGCUACUAAUACACGACAGCAUCUGGGGAAGGACUUAUGGUGGGCCAGGUGGACCUCAUCCUGCUUCCUCCUCCCUCUGGUUUAAAGAGAUAUAUAAACUAAUUUCACGUAAUUUGUGUGUGCAGGUGAUUGGUUUUUACAUAAGUCCUAUUUAUACCUUUUAUAUGUUACAGAAAUAAAAGUUAAUUUAUAUAAAAA